UCAGCACAACUCGUCCCUCUCAUGAAGACUCAAGUCAGGUGUUAUAUCUGACAGAUCAUCCUGAGCUGCCUCUAGUUAAACCCGAACGAGAUAGAAAGCGCUAGACGACAACAAGAUCAGGGAAUAGUAACUGUCUGUCAAAGAAUAACUGCUGUAUGUCAGGGAAUAUUCCAAUGGUCUGUGGUCAUCUGCAAAUGGAACCUUCUUCCGGUCCAUGGGAGGGUGCCACGCGUCCUCCAUUUCCCGACAGGUCCUGACACCAUACAUUCUCUGACAUCGGUCAGUCUCCAGAGGUACACACGGUCAUAUAAAAAGGGAGGUCCUUUCCCUUGAGCAGGUACGCUCUUUCGCACAUUCGCACUUAUCUUCUACCGUUCUUUUUCCUUCGUAUACUGUUCUUCCGGAGAAAAAGUACCUGACUUAAGCGUCGGAGGGCCUGAGCCGGAGAACUUUUUCCCUGGUAUCUGAUAUCUAACAUUUUGUGCUUGUCUGAGUGUGCGCAGAGCUUAAAGUACCGAAGUACCACUGGCUCAGGGACCACCGUUCGUCAGUGUCACGUGAGGAUCCGUUCUCUUGGGCACAUACGAUAAGAGUGUCAUAAUCGUUUUCCCGUCAACACCAAUAACAACUUAUCCGACAUUCGUCUGAUUCAGAUUCCGAAUAGGAUCAUUCGAGAUAAACCGAAUAAAAACAGCGACAGGUCCUACAACAAAUCAAACACGUGGAGUCGUAGGAGCACAUCAAACACAUGCGAUCACUUGAAUGAGCACAACACCCUUGCCGCUAAAACACUCGACUGCAGAAUUGAAUACUCCCAAUUAUUGUCCUUUGCUAGAUGCAAUUAAAUUCUUAAGACUCCAUCAAAACUACGGUGUGAACAACAACACGGUCGCAGUUUCUUUAUGCCAAAAAAAGGAGACAAGAUCACAUGAAGAUAGCAGAGGUAGCGAGGAACAAGUGCCGACUCCGAGGACCAUGAGAGAGUCAAACGGCGAGGCGGUCGCCGGCUGCAGCGGCGUCGGUCGUGACCCCACCACCCCUCCACGGAUUACAACAAGGAAAGCACGCACCGACGUCUCUUCUACGCUUUCCCUCAAAUUCCGAGGAGGACAACGCACAAACACCUUUCGCGCUUUCAAGCAAACCCACCUCACUCACUCCUUGUUUUAUAUAAACUCACAGCCUUUCUGCUAAGCAUGCUCUAUCCACAUUUACUCUGCUCCAGACACAGCUGUAGUUGCACUCAAUUCUGACUUAACGGUGUCCUAUCGAUCUCCCGAGGCAAUUUAGAGAGAGGUGGAAGCUAGGGACAAGCGGUGGAGACAAUGAACGGGAUCGAGUUGCAUCACGGCGCUCUCAAGCGGCCGUGGGUCGACGAGAAAGGGAGCAGUGCCCUGUACCCCUCCUACCGCCCUUGCCCUGGGCCUCCACCAUUGCCGCCGCUGCAGCCGAGACCUACGUCCACGUUCAAGCUGUUGAAUCUUUCCGUGGUGGACGACUGCACGGUGGCGUCGGUGGUCCCUCCGGUAACUGUCGUCUUCGAGGGGCGCGCCAUCUGCCAUCGUGUCUGCCUCGACGAGCUCACGAGCUACGAGAGCUUGGCCAAGGCCCUGCGCCGCAUGUUCGUGGACGCGGAAGAGGGUGGGGAGGAGGGGCAGACGGAUCUGGCCCUGGCCAAUGCGGUGCCGGGUUACGUGGUGGCCUAUGAAGACAUGGAGGAUGACUUGCUGCUCGCUGGCGAUUUAAAUUGGAAGGAUUUUGUUCGUGUGGCUAAGCGGAUUAGGAUAGUUCCAUCGAAGGUUAGCCGUCGGAGGAAAAAUGAGCUGGUUUUAGUCUGAGAAACAUAGUGACUACUAUUAAUCGAGAGAUUAUCUAAAUACUUGUAUGCAUCCUUUCAAAUUGUACUCGUUGGA